UUGACCGACUGUUCAUUUUGAACCUGCAAGGCACUUUCGUUUUUGAAUGACGAAACGGGCUUGUGUGACACAACCCUGGCCGACGCAGCCAGGGUCUCUCUGUGGCAUUACUGGCUUUUGGCUCAAAGGAAUGACAACAAAGACCAGCAGCAGCCCCCGCUGCCUUGCAGGCACACAUCAAGCAUGCUUUCCACAGCAAUUUUGUACCUCAUUUAACCUGUGGACACUGCCCAAGCUCAAUCUUCUGGGCAAUCACCCUCACUUCUUGGGAAUCGGACGGCUCACUACAGUAACCAUGGCCAAAGCGAAGACCAAGAAACAAGACAAUCGGGCCAAUCCUAUCUCUAAGAAGGGUAAAGUGGACAAGGAUGAGGCCAAGAGAACCAAAGACCCCAAGGCAAGCCACCUCUACACGGACGACAACCCCGAGACGACUCUCCAUGGCACCGGGUUCAAAGAUGCGGCAGCUGCUGAAAAGACCAAAUGUUGGUGGUGGUGGUGGUGGAGGUGGAUGACCGCCGGACAAGAUCCAAUGGAAUUGAUGCUUAUCCGGGAGCGGUAUUUUUGGCUAACCAAGAGCGACACAGUCUCGCUGGUCUCCGAGAGGUCCCUCCUGUACCAGUGGCAAGUGAUCAGUACGAUGUACAACCGUGCCAAGCAUCACCCAAAGAAGACCAAGGACAUCGAAGCCGCGAUUGGCAUCUUCAACAAGUGGCUGAAGGAGACAUAUCGCGAGGCCAAGGCGAACCAGCGCACCUUCAAGCCGCUGUCCAAGAAGACAGUCGAGUCCUUGCUCCCUGAGCUGAAGAAAGCCCAGGGCGUCGACACAACGUUUGCAGAGAUGUACGUCAGGCUGGAGGGGAGGAAGCGACUCGGCAACGUCCUCGUCGAUGACAGCAAGCCCGAAGGGUCCGACUGGGAUAAGACGAGAGUGGAUGCGCUGAGCAAACUGGUGCCGGACAAGAACAACGAGGUAGAUGAUGACGAGCUGUGGAAGGAGGACGGAGCGCCGUCGCAGUACCACCUGCGUCUCAUUUCCUGGGCCUGGUCGCCUCUGUCCGAGUACAAGCUGCUCAAGGCGACAACGAACAAGAGCUGA